AAAUAUAAAGGAAUCGUUUUUAAAAACAUUUGGAAGUAAAAUAAUGAAUUCAAUUGAUAUCUAUCAUCAAGAAAAAGAAGAUGUAAUACCAACUGGAAUAGAAAAGUUGGAUGAUUUGUUAGAAGGGGGUCUUCGUUAUAAAAGAAUUUACGAAAUUUGUGGAUCUUCGUCGUCAGGAAAAUCACAAUUAUGUCAUUGGAUUUCUUUACAUGCUACUAUAAAUGCAUUAAGAGUUUAUUACAUAGAUUGUAGUAGAAAUUUUAGUACUUCUAGAAUUCAAAUGAUAUUGGAGUCAAAACAAUGCAGUGAUAUUAUUAUAGGUAAAGUUAUGAGUAAUAUAAUAGUCCAUCAAAUUUCUACAAUCAACGACUUAUUUACAAUUUUUCACAAUUUAUCAAAAAUGACAAAUACUGGUGAAAACGAAUUAAAUAAAAAACUCGUAAUCGUAGACUCUUUAUCUGUAUUAUGUACAACAGUCGCGAAUAACGAACUAAAUCCUAUUUUAAGCAAUUUUGCAUCUGUUUCGAGGUUUUUUAUUAAUUAUUUUAAUGCUAUUAUUAUAAAUGUGAAUACGAUAAAAAUUGUACAUAAAGGAGACUUAUUUUGUGAUAAAGAUAAACAUUUAAGAGCUGAUAUGAAACCUUCGUUAGGAAAUUAUUGGCUUAGUAUUCCAAAUAUUAGAUUAUUAAUAAUUGCUAUCGAAAAUACUCAAAGAGAAAUAUCUAUAUGGAAUAGUUAUCAAUUGGCGAAUGGCAAAAAAUGUUUAGUAGAUAUAAGAGAUGAUGGUAUAACUUAAAUUUGAUAUAAUAUAUCUGCAAAUUCACUCUUA